AAAAAUAGUCCAAAUUUUUUGACAAAUUCGCAAUUCUGACUAGUUAUUGCGAGUUUAUACCAUGCAGUUCUGAGAAAAAAAGCCAGAGAAGUGUGUGGAAAUACAUUAGAAUUGUGAGAUGACUGUGAGACAACUGUGAGUGAAAAGAACAAAAACAGAAUUGUGCGAUAAAAACUUGAAACAAGCUUUCAUAGGCUUAGGUUUCCUUAACAAUGUUACGCUUUAAGUUAACAGUCUUUUUCUCCAUUAAAAGACAGUUGAUCUGAUAAGUGAAAUAAGAAAUUUCCAAAUUUAGGUUAACAUACACUAUGUUUACAUCUGUGCUAGAAAAAAACACAGUUCAGUCAGUGUCAAAGGUUACAGUGAUAUUUAGCUCAUGUAAAGUAAACACAGUAUCUGCCACAUUGAAGACUACCACGGUGGAGAUUAGAGAAACCAAAUUAUAUCUUGCCUAAACCUUCAUUGAUUAUUUGAAUGUAACUACAGUAUCUUUUCUCAUUGCUUUUGGAUGGUAAGUGGAUUUCUGUCUUUGACUUUUAAACAACUUUUGAUUUGUUUUAGACAUCAAUGCAAGUACUGUUAUGCAUUCCAGUCACUUAGCCACUGUCAACAUCUGCUAAAAUUUCUUACAUAUGUUCACGCACACAUCCUGUGUUAUGCAGCAAGACGCAGCAGAAAAUGUUUCAUGUGGUUUAAAGUACCAAGGUGUGUUUGGUGCAGAAACAGAUGAGACCGUGUCAGUGAUGGAGGGAGAUUCUGUUACUCUGCACACAAAUCUCACUGAAAUACUGAACGAUGAUACUAUACUGUGGCUGUUUGGACCUAAAGACUCCAUCAUAUCUCAAAUAACAAGAAAGAGUGAUCUGACUUCAUUUUAUGUUACCGAAGAUGAGCGAUUCAGAGGCCGAUUGCAGGUGGAUCAACAGACUGGAACUCUCACCAUCAGAAAGACCAGAAUCAAACACUCAGGCCAAUAUAAACUCUCCAUCUCUAGAAGACAGACUACGAUCAAGAUAUUUAAUGUUGCGGUCAUUGAUGUGGUUGGUGAGACGGAUGGAGUGAAGUCGGUGUCAGUGAUGGAGGGAGAUUCUGUCACUCUACAGUAUGAUGUUUCUGAAGUACAGAGAGAUGAUCUGAUUGUGUGGAGGUUUGGAGAUAAAGGCCUCCUCCUGGCUAAGAUUGAUGUGGAAUCAAACAACAUCUCAUUAAAUGAUGCUGAUGAGAGAUUCAGAGACCGACUGAAGCUCAGUGAAUCUAGAUCCCUAACUAUCAAGAACACCAGAACCACAGACUCUGGACUUUAUGAAGUACAGAUCAGAGGCAGCGAGAGCUCGCAGCGAUUCCUUCUUUCUGUCAGUGCUAUUCCAGAUUCAACUCAGUCUACAGGUUUUACAACAGGGAUUGUUUUAGCUAUUCUACUUGCGGCUGCAGUUGUAGCUGCUGUUGUGAUUCACUAUCGGCGCAAGAUCUCUGAUCUAGAAAAACAAAUGGAACCAAUCGAAGUGUCAGAUGGAGAUUCUGUCACUCUGGAGACUAAAACUGUCCUAAAUAAAGAUGAUAAGGUACAGUGGUAUUAUCACGAUGAAAACGAUCUUAUUGCUGAAAUCAGUCGAGGGACCAAAAGGACAUUUGAUGGUUUUGAUGAAAGAUUCAGAAGCAAACUGGUGCUGGAUAAGACUGGAAAUCUCACCAUCAAUAACACCAUGACCAUUCACUCUGGACUCUAUAUAUUAAAAAUAAGCAGCAAAGGCAAAAUAAUCAACAGGAGAUUCAUUGUUACUGUCAAAAUGAAGAUAGUGUCAGUAAAGAAGGGAGGUUCUGUCUCUCUAAAGACUGGAACUAAAAUACAGAAAUCUGAUGAGAUACUGUGGACGUUUGGAGCUGAAAACUGUCUUGUUGUUAGAGAUAAUCCAGGAACGCCUAUUGGUAAGAGAUUCACAGGCAGACUGGAGCUGGACAAGAAGACUGGAUCUCUGACCAUCAGAAACAUAGAAACCGCAGACUCUGGACAUUUUAAACUACAGAUCAUCAACAGUGAAAAGACCACAUUCAGGAGAUUCAAUGUGUCUGUCACUGAAUCCAUAGGAAAACAAGUAAAUGAAUCAGCAGCUGUAGAGAUGCCACUGUUGUAACCAUGAGGAUGUGGAUGGAGUGGAUGGGUGAUAAGUUCUGCCCACCAAUAUUAAUUAAUGUGACAUCAUCAGCAUUUGUGCUCAAUAACAUUUUUCUGAUUUUAGAAAAAGGAAAAAUGAACCAGUGUGUUGUUGAGCCGUUAAACUUUUUUUAGGUGACAGGAAAUGUGCACGAAACUCUUUCAUAACCAACUAAACAACUGGAUACACAUCCCACUUAGUUUCUUCGAUGGGACAUAAUGCAAACUAUUUCAGCCAAUCUCAUGUUAAUCUUGAGUACCUAUAUAGUAUUGUAGCAUCCUUUAUAUCACUUUCAAAGUCUUUAUUUUUAUCAGAUUAAAAAAAAAAUGUGUGUCAUGGGCAGAGCUAAAGAGUCACGAGCGCAUUCAUGUUUUUAAAUACUCAUAUGCUGAUUGCCACAGCUGAUUGUCUUUGUACAGAACAACCUCCUGGACAGCAACCAAUCUGGCUUCAAAAGUGGCCACUCAACUGAGACUGCCCUGCUCUCGGUUACUGAAGCCCUG